AUGAUGGGUGACAGGUUCAUACCCAACAGGGAUGAGAGUGAUACUCAUGCAUCAUAUCGACUCACCAAUGAUAAUCACAAGAAGAACUCAAACCUCAAUGUGAAUAUAGAAGAAACAAAGACCGAUGAGACAUUCUCACAAUUAUUGAAAAACGAACUGAAUGGAUCAGCAUAUAAAACACCCCCUUCGACACCUACAAAAAAGAGAACAUUGAAUUUCACAGUUCCUUCUCCAUCUCCUUCGUCAAAAGGCAGAACUUAUAACAACGGAUUGACGAGUGGAGAAGGAUUAGAUGAUAUGAGUCAUCCUGCUUAUAGUCUAAGUCCAGUUGGGAAAGAGAAUCAAAAGAUAUUACUUAGUCCAAGGAAAUCAAUUAGAACAGUGACGAAUACCCCUUUCAAAGUACUCGACGCUCCUGAACUAGUCGACGACUUCUACCUCAAUCUCGUUUCGUGGUCUGCUUCAAACGUCCUCGGUGUCGGUCUCAAUUCAAGCGUAUACCUCUGGAGUGCACAAACGAGUAAAGUGACCAAACUAUGUGAUCUGACAAGAGUCUCACCAGAUGGUCAGGAAACGAGUGAUACCAUUACAGGGCUGGAGUGGACGAACAAGGGAAGUACACUGGCUAUCGGUACAAAUAGCGGUUUAGUUGAGAUAUGGGAUGCAGAAUAUUGCAAACGAAUACGGACAAUGACAGGUCAUACAGGAAGAGUAGGAGCAUUAGCAUGGAAUUCACAUAUCCUUUCUUCCGGAUCAAGAGAUCGAACAAUCUUGCAUCGAGAUACAAGAAUACCUGAUCAAUAUAUAAGAAGAUUAGCAGGUCAUCAUAAACAAGAAGUAUGUGGAUUAAGAUGGAAUUCAGAUACAGAUCAAUUAGCUUCAGGAGGAAAUGAUAACAAGUUAUUUGUAUGGGGUGGAACGGAUGAUAAACCUACUUUUAAGUUUGAUCAACAUAGAGCCGCUGUCAAAGCCAUCGCAUGGAACCCACAUCAAAGAGGUCUAUUAGCAAGUGGAGGUGGAACGGCAGAUAAGAAAAUUAGAUUCUGGAAUACCUUGACAGGUAAUCUGAUAAGUGAAUCUGAAACUGGAUCUCAAGUCUGCAAUCUCAUGUGGUCUAGAAAUUCCAAUGAAUUGGUAUCAACACAUGGAUAUUCAGGUGGACCAAUAUCAAAUCAAAUACAUAUAUGGAAAUACCCAUCCAUGACUCGUAUAGCGACUCUGACAGGACACACUUGUAGAGUGUUGUAUUUGGCUUUAAGUCCAGAUGGUCAAACUAUAGUCACAGGAGCAGGAGAUGAAACUUUAAGGUUUUGGAACGCAUUCCAAAAAGCUAAAGGAGAAGUCGGAAAAAGCUCUGGUCUAGGAGAUGGAAUGGGAUCCGUGGCUAAGAUCAGGUAG